CACUUUCUAGGCUGUAUAUGCCAGGAAAAACCAAGCCUCAACAACAGAAACUUUCUCGCUUAGCCACUUUGAACUCUAAAAAUACAUCCAUGCAAGAUCCAAAGCAGCCCGCAUAUGAUUUGGAUGUGACACUCGGCAGCAUUUCAUCUCAACCACCACACACUCGCCCUCGCCCUUGCCCUCGCCCUCGCGCUCAAAAACAGCCACAACAGGUCACCAGCCACCUAGCUGAGACAGAGCACCAGGGAGCACUUGGUCUCCUUGUCCUUGCAGCACAACAGUCGGCAGCGGGAAUCGAUAAUGCGGAAGCCAGUCACCAACUAGCCAACAUGUUGCCUUCCUAUCCCAGAAGGAACCGCAGCCACAAAGAUGCCGACAUUGGAAUACAUAGUCAGGAGAUUGUUAAUGGUCAGAGUGAGAACUCCGUGGUGCACGCAAACGAAGCAACAUCCGGAGGUGAUUAUCAGUGUCCAGUGAACCAGGGACAGGCCGAAAUAGCAGGAGGAAGGCACCAGAAUGCUAUCAAUGUGCCAAAAGUACUGUACAAAGUUGAAACAGAAGGUGGUGACUGGCGAGGCGUCCGACUUCCUUUGUCACUGCCUUUUCCACAGUGGCAACAGGAGGUCACAAUGGCUUCACGGGUAGCCACCUUCAUCCCAGAAUUCAAAUGGAAAACUAGCGCCACGGGAAAGGGCACGCUACUAUGCAAUAAAGAUGAUUACCUACUCAUGAUUGAAAGUGUGCAAGCCGAGGGCACAAAGAAAGCCAACAUCAUAGUAUUUAUCGAAAUUCGGAAUCUACCUAGAUCCGAUAAUGAAAAGCCAAAAAAAUCCAAAGCCACUGGCACAAAGGCAUCACGGGUUCCAAGCAAAACGCAGAGUAAAAAGCGGCAAGCAAAGGAGUCCAGUGGGAGCUCAUCUUCUGAUUCGGAGGAUGGAGAUGAUAAGGGCUCCAAUGAGGGUGAAAUUGAGGGAGAUUCUGAAAGGCAAUGCCGCAAAAAGCCGCGUCUCUCAGUCUCAAGCAACACAAUCAAGCACUAUACCCAAGCGUUGCUCAGCAACGCGGUAAUGUGCUCUGUCCAUCAGAAACCUUGUUCAAUCCUACCAUCUGGGGUACAUGUCCCUCUUGAGGAGGUUACGCUAAAGGGGUGGGCGCUAGCAAUAGCUAAGGGUGAACAGGGUGUUGACCUAAAUAACCCUCCCCAAUCUCUCAGUAUUCAGUAUGGGAUCAGCAUCCCACCUACUGCUGGGAAGCGCCAGCGGAAUACCGCCACACAACUUACAGGGGCCUCAUUCGGAGGCAAUGUGAUGCCGAUGCCAAAUCCUAUGGCUAUGGGAAUGCACCCUGGUUUCUAUUAUUCAUCUCACAUGCCGGUUCCACCAUUUAUGGGACCUCCACCAUUCCAAUAUGGCACAGUACCGUCAUAUCCCCACUCCUACAAUGACCAAUAUAGCACCCGCCCACCUAAUCACCCUAGAUUUAUUGAGCACGACAACAGCUAUCGUCGCCGCAACCCCGAACAUGACUACCCAGCACCCCAGCACCAAGAUCACCAUGCAACCACUACCAACCCAAGUAGUGAUGGACCGGAUAUCCCUGCAUCCCAAUUCCCUGCUCUCGAGGAAUGGCUGACUCAGCUUGAUUCAGAUAGGCAUAAGUUCCCUCAAACACGCAACUUUCAACGGUAUAUUCUUCCCCUUGAUGACAUCGGAAUUGACCGACUUGAUGUGCUAUUCGAGUCAUGCAAAGAAAACCGGGCAGAGGGCCUGGUGAAGCUAGGUCUUGGCAUCCCAUUUGGGCAUGCCGUAGAACUCUACAAUGCAAUGGAGAAGGAGAUAAAACACAUUCGGAAGAGAUCUUAUAUGUGA